AUGGCCGGGCACAUGGCUAGGUGCUUUGUCUCUGGUAACGACGCUGUUCCGCCCAGUAACGAUGUCCUCCCGCUAAUGACACCCUCCACCCCCCCCCCUCCCGCGACCCGCUCACCCCCGCUCACCCCCGCGAUGAUCCCAAAACAAUAUGAUGAAAGUAGUUUAUGUAGAGCGAGGCUGAGGGAGGAGGCGCACUAUAGAUGA